AUGGCCGCUGAGGCCAAAGAACUAGGCGGGUCCGGCCUUCCGGACUUGGAGAGCGGCCUACGGGAUCUGCACCCACGAGACUCGACGGUAUCAGCAGGCGAUGGCAUAGGGUCAAUGAUCUCAUCAAGCAACUCUUCAAUCAUGGGUGAAGAGGUUGAUCCCAAUGAAGAGGAGUGGGGGCCUGGGCAUCCCUGUUUCCCUCACAUGAACCCUCAUGUUCCCCUCGAAUCACCAGAGUUCACAUCCACAAGGGUCAUCCGGAUCAAGCGAGACUGGAUGCUUAGAGGAGAUCUUGCCCCCACCUUUUCAAACCUGUAUCCCGAGAUUCUAGACCCCGCGGGGCUGUCAGAGCAAGAGUUCCGUCGAGUUAUUGACAAGGUGAAUUCAGAAGUUGCUCCAGCUUUUAAUCCAUAUAAUCCGCGAAACUUGCUGGAUGGCGUUUUGGGGGCUGCCACAGGAUGGCUGUGGGACGAUCUUGGCUUCACCGGCACGAAAAGCCGACUCAAUAACCUAGAGAAAUGGAUCGACAAUUGGAAUCUGGAAAUGGAAAAAUCCAUGGGUGCAGAGGAUGCAGGAGCUUCUCCACGUAUCAUAUCACUGCGCAGGACAGGAUAUACAACUUUGGAUAUUCAAAUACCAGACCCUGAGAUAGCAGAAGCUCCGAGCACUAGUGCGGAUGACGCAUCGGCGGCUUUCUCGCCAGUCAUGGCUGCUGCAUAG